AUGCCGCUCGUGCCCGUACUGUCCCUAGUUGGUCUGUCUCUUCCGCCAGGAGCUCUGGCUUUUGCGUUAGCACGAUUUGCACAACUUAAGCCCUUUCCCCGGCUUUCCUUUCUCUUCAUUUCUCAUUUGCGCAGGCUGUCCGCUCGAGCGGCUGCUGCCAGCACACCGCGGAAAAACACCGAUCUGUUAGAAACCCACCGUAGCAUAUCAGCAGGAAUUCCAGAUCUGUUUCUGGGCUGCCUCUUUGUCAGAAGAGCUCAGCCGUGUCUUUGUUCGCUCGCUAGCAAGUCAGAGAUGCUGCAGGUGCUGGAGCAAGAUGUGGUUCUCCAGUCUAUUGACCGUGCUAUCGAGGCUGUGCACAACGCGGCCAUGAAGAAUGGGGGAAAGUACAACCUGGAGCAGAGAGAUGUCCUCCAAAAACUAAUCCAUCAUCGGAAGGAGACCGUGUCCCGCAAAGGUCACUCUCCCACCCCGCAGGGGAUGGUUAUGACACAGUCCUCCAGCGAUCACCACCUGGAUGUGGCACGGCAGCCCAACGGGGUCUGCCGGACGGGAUACGAGAGACAUCACAGUCUUCCAAACACCGAGUUCGAGGAGGAGGAUGAAGGUCCCUAUCAGAUCCCACCACAGCCCCGGCGUGCUGCUCCUGUCACCCCCCCACCUCCGGAGAAACGCAAGAAUGCACAGAUUGCUGCUCCUAUUAAAAACGCUGUUGAAAUUAUCCCUGGGUCAGCUUCUAGUGCCUCCUCUAUGAGCACGACGUCCCUGGAUACCUUGUACACCGCUUCUUCCGCGUCAGAGACUGCUCUCCCGACGGCCACCUCCAGCCCUGCCAACACCCCACCCCCUGUCCCAAGCCGGAGCGUCCACACCACCAUCACGCGCAAUUUGGACACCGGCUCUGUGACCCACUCCCGCUAUGGGACUUCCCCAAAAGAUGGGGCCAGCAAAUCGCCCCAGACCAAGAGGGCUGCCCCGGCACCGCCAGCUGAAGCGGGGACCCAAAGGUCCCACACGGUGGAUGGGGAGAAGACUUCUCAGGUGAAGAAGGCUGCCCCAGUGCCACCUGCAAGCCUGGAUGCUUUCAACUCCCUCUGCCUGGAGGAUAAGAAGGCAGCUGUGGCGGAGCCAGUGCCAGCAGAACCCAGUGGGCUGGUGGCAUCCGUGCCCAAGACAAUAGGUGCCGAACUGAUCGAGCUGGUGCGCAGGAACACCCACCUCAGCUACGAGCUGUCCCGCGUGGCCAUCGGCGUGGUCAUCGGCCACAUCCAGACCUCCGUCCCAGCAACCAGCAGCAUCAUGGAGCAGAUUCUCAUCUCCGUGGUGGAGAGUAAGAAUCUGAGCGCGGGGCUGCCCUCGGGACAGAUCUGCCACGACGAGCAGCGUCUGGAGGUGAUCUUCGCAGAUCUGGCCAGGCACAAGGACGACGCUCAGCAGCGCAGCUGGGCGCUCUAUGAGGAUGAGAACGUCAUCUGCUGCUACCUGGAGGAGCUGCUUCGCAUCCUGACAGAUGCAGACCCAGAAGUUUGCAAGAAAAUGUGCAAGAAGAAUGAGUUUGAAUCCGUCCUGUCCCUUGUGGCGUAUUAUCAGAUGGAACACAGGGUGCCGUUACGGCUGCUGCUGUUGAAGUGCUUUGGAGCCAUGUGCAACCUGGAUGCCGCAGUCAUCUCAACGCUUGUGAACUCUGUGCUGCCGAUGGAGCUGGCCCGGGACAUGCAGACUCACACACAAGAUCAUCAGAAGAUGUGCUACUCUGCACUGGUGCUGGCAAUGAUGUUCUCCAUGGGAGAGCCCCUGCCAUAUCAUCACUAUGAACAUCUCAACUCUCAGUUUGUGCAGUUCCUGCUGGACGUGAUUGAGGACGGGCUGCCCUCGGACACCACCGACCAGCUGCCCGACUUAUUUGUCAAUGUCCUUCUGGCCUUCAAUCUCCACAUUCCAGUUCCAGAACACAGUGUGAUCAUGACUACAAUAAGCAAGCACUCGAAUGUCAAGACUUUCACAGAAAAGCUGCUGCUGCUGCUGAACAGGGGAGAUGAUCCAGUUUGUAUCUUCAAGCAUCAGCCUCAGCCACCGCACUCAGUGCUGAAGUUCCUGCAGGACAUCUUUGCCAGCAAGGACACAGCCAGCAUCUUCUACCACACGGACAUGAUGGUCCUGAUAGACAUCCUGGUGCGGCAGAUUGCAGAUCUCUCCCCAGGAGACAAGCUGAGGAUGGAGUAUCUGUCUCUGAUGCACGCCAUCAUCCGCUCCACGCCCUAUCUGCAGCACCAGCACCGCCUCUCCGACCUGCAGGGCAUCCUGCAGCGCAUCCUGGGGGAGGAGGAGGAGGGCCAGCAGUGCCAGAUGGACAAACUUAUCAUCCUGGAGAUUUAUAAGGAGUUCCCAGAAAUCUCUCCCGGUACCAGCUAACCGCCCCUCGGCUUGGACUGGAGUUUGAACCACUUGGAUCGACACCGUCUCUUGUUGACACUUUCUCCCCAUUCCCUUCCAUACCUUAUAUCCCUCCACGCGAGGCCUAAGGUUGGGACAGCGUUCACCGGCCCUUUAGAAACGCCAGCGGCAGAAAGGGCACGGGGUGCCCCCGGGGGAAGUCGGAGCGGGGUGGGUGCUGGUGCGUGGUUUGCCUGCAAGACUUGGGCAGGAGGUAUUUAGGCAGCUGGCGUUAGCGGGAAGGGCAGAGAGCUUGCGAGGGACUUAGUGGGCGGGGGGCGGAUGUUUAGCUACGCUGGUGUCCCAAGGUCCCGAAGAGAAAGGCCUUUGCCUUAGAGUAUCACGUCUUUUCCAUGUGCAUCUCUCUCCCUGCAGUGACCAAGUGGAGUCCGCUGGUACUUGGAAGAAGCUUUCGUAACAUCUGUUUUGUUUUCUGCUGCUAGUGCCAAUGUGCUGCAGCCCUGCCAAGGGGAGGUAGCUCGCUCGCUGUCUAACGCCUCGUCUGGUGAGCCUUUCACUCCCUCCUGGCCCUCUGCUUUGCCUCUGGGUAGCAGCCCGCCUAGGGUCAUAGAGGUCUUGCCCCAGCAGCUGCUUUUUUCAAUCCGCUUUCUAUAGUGAUGUUUAAAUCUGAAUUUCUUGCACACUGGCAGCUUAGAAGUAAUGACCACGCAGGUGACGCUGCCCUUAGGAAGCCUUUGGCCUGGACACAGCACAAAGACGUGUCCUGCCAUGUGGAAGCUGCUGCUUGCCACCUCUCUCGCAGCGUGGCCCCGAGCAGAGGGGCGACGUGUGGGCCAGCGCGCUCUGUUCGUGCAGCGUGUGGAUUUCUUGCCUUGAGCUUCGUAGUCGCUCUGCCUCGCUGCCCUCCCUCUCCAGGUGGCAGCGCUCAGAGGCAGCGUGAGCCUGGUGUCCAGUAGCUGUUUGUGACUAUGCACGAGUGUGGGGAACCCUUAUUUAUAUUUCCUGUAGGUUUCUAGCAAACGGGAUUAACCUGUUUCCCUGUUACAGGUAGUCACACACACUAACGUGGGUCUCUUAGAUAUUCGUGUGCGCGGUCUGGUCACUCCCUGUCCCCAGCUCUUCCUUUGCAGUAUCCAGUGUAGGAGCUAUUGGGAAGUGGAACUGGAAAUACUGGGCACUGUAUUAUUAUUUUUUUUUUUUUUUUUUUUUUUUUUUUAGCUUGAGGCGAUGACAUGAGCUCUGCUCUGCAGGCCUGGACUCUGGGCACUGGGGCAGUGAUGCUCAGGAAUUGGAGAGGGGUGGUCUGGCAGGCAGGGGGGGCGAGGACCUCCUGAAGUCAGCCUGGGAACGCCCAAGCUUAAUAACCACCCUGUAGAGAAACCUAUUUUUCCCCUGUAAAAAUGUAUGAAUGUCCAAAGGGAUCCUGUAUUUUCUUAAACACUAAGUGUAACAUGCAGAGGAAUAAAAACGUCUUAAACUGGA